AACGGUGUGCUGUGUGUUGUUGUGCAGGCUGAGGAUGUGAACAGGACUCUGGAAGGAGGCCGCAAGCCGCUUCAUUACGCUGUGGACUGCGGUCAGGCCGAGAUGGUGGAGUUUCUGCUGUCUAAAGGAGCCGAUGUGAACGCUCCAGAUAAACACGGCAUCACCCCGCUGCUGUCUGCCACUUACGAGGGUCACGUGAGCUGCGUGAAGAUUCUUCUAGAAAAGGGUGCUGUUAAGGAAAGGAAAGGUCCGGAUGGUCUCAGCGCGUUCGAGGCGGCCGAGAGCGAGACCAUCAAAGAUCUACUGAAGUGAGUCGGACGCUGCCGGCAGCGGAGAGGUUCUGACCACAACCACUGGAUCCUGCAAACACUCUCUCACACACACGCACGCACACACACAGACACACACACACACACACACACACACACCUCUCUGUCUCUGGCUGCUGCAGCUCCUCUAGGUUUCCUUUUGUUUUGUUUUCAUCCAUGACCUUUUUAUUUGAUUUGGGGGAGGGGCUUAAUUUCCCCUCUAGUUGAUCGGAGUCAGCCAUUGGCUGAUGGACCUGUCACUCAUGCCUCCCAUAAGGACCAAUGGGAACACCUGUCUAACACCACUAAACACGGACUUUAGAGUUCAGACUACAGCGAGUGAGCGAGUGUAUUAUGAUGAUGAUCAUGAUAACAUGUACAUUUAAUUUUCCGACUGUUAAUUAGAAACGAGUGGUUUGUAUAGUUCAUAGAGCUGAUGAAUUUCCCUGCUUCAGCUCAACGUCAUUCCCGUCACAUUAGAUGCUCAAAGAACAAAUAUUGCAGAUGCUUGAAUGGCUCUGGUGGCGUGCACGUUAGCUUUUGUGCCCCUUUGAUUUUGUGUUGUGGCAAAAAUAAAUGGAUUCUCAGCCUCUGUGCGCUUGUAGAGUGUUAAACAGGUUUGUUGAAGCGGAUGAAGGCACGCUGUCUCUCUCUGUCUCCAGCAGGACGUCUCUUACUCCUGAGAUGCCAC